CAUGGCAUCUCCCUACGUUGUCCUUGUCACGGGCGGCAAUAAUGGCAUCGGAUACGAAGCCUGCAAGGCUUUCUACGAGUCUCCGAAGUCCUACAUCAUCCUCAUGGGCUCCCGCUCCCUCGAGAAAGGCGAAGCGGCCAUAAGGAAAAUCAAGGAGGUGGUCCCAAACAGCUCAAAUACUCUCGAGCUCAUUCAGCUCGACGUCACCAGCGACGAGUCUAUCCAGAAAGCGUACGAGCAGAUUCUCAAAAGCCCGGGGCGUUUAGAUGCGCUUGUUAACAACGCCGGAGCAACCUUUGAUUUCGACUACAAUGCCAGCAAAGUUACCCUCCGCGAGUGCUUUAACAAAGCCUACGACGUUAACGUAACCGGUGCCACAGUCCUAACACACACGCUCGCCCCGCUCCUCAUCAAAUCCUCUGACCCCCGCCUCCUCUUCAUAGCCGGUCUUUCCAUGAUGACCGUCGCAAUGAAGGAGUACUUCCCGACGCCUCCGCUGCCAGCGGGCUGGCCGAAGAAGGUCGAAUUCGAGACAAUCGGGUACCGGUGCUCUAAGACGGCGCUGAAUAUGCUUAUGCUUGACUGGAACCAUAAGCUCAAGGCGGACAAAGUCAAGGUGUGGGCUGUUGGGCCGGGUAUGCUCGAGACUGACCUUGGUGGACAAAGGGAGCUGGCGAAGAAGAUGGGGCUUGGGUCAGCUACUUUAGGAGGAACGCUCAUUCGGGACGUCGUUGAGGGGGCGAGAGAUCAGGAUGUUGGGAGGGUAAUCCAAAGGGAUGGGGAUGGGUUUGUUCCUCUUUAAUCGUUAGAAGAACUGCACAGGAACUGUAACUAGGCUUAUUUAAGGAUUCGCUGUUGUCGAUGCAAAUUGGUUCUGUUGUACUAUUCAGCUGACAAUAGCUUUAAGAUAAAAGCUUUUGUGAUUCUU